AUGAGUAGCAGCAUAUUUAACACUGGCGAAGAAGAAGACCCAUGGUCUUCAACAGCCGGCUGGAACGACGACAAACCAGUUGUCACGAGCCCCAUCCCUUCGCUAUCACCAACGCCAUACCAAUCCACAUACCUCACCUCGUCGCAAUUACUCAAUCAACCCAGAGCAGAGCAACGGCAUCAAUCAACAAACACAGUGUCAAUCUCAAAUGUGCCAGCGAGCUAUGAAUCGCUUCGCUCGCAUCUCCUCAACAAGAUCACCACCAUUAACGAUUUCGAGUAUUAUGUAUUUGACAAAUUGAUUGAUUUGCAGUAUUUAACAAGUUACCAAAAACUGAAGAUCUUGGAUAUUGUAUAUGACAACAAUUUGGUUCCCGUGACGUUGGCGCAAAAUUUCUAUCAAAUCUUGGGAUUGGUUGCAUUGGAAAUUGAUGUGCCCGGCUCGGGAGAUUUCGUUACUUUACAGUUCAAAUUGCAAAACUUGCCCGAGUUGCCACAACUGUUUCUCAAAUUGGUUGCCAAGGAAGUAGGCGAUAACGAUGACAAUGGUGGUGAUGGCGACAGUGGUGUCAUUAAUGAUCCGCUUAGGGCCAUGGCCAACACUUCACGAACCGAGGAUAAUGAAGUUGAUGAUUGGAAUCAGAGGGGUAAAGUUGACCCUAUACUAACUGACCAUUCUGACUCGCAACAUCAAAUGCUUGGUGACGAGGAGGAUAGCAGUAACGACAGAGAUGAAAUCAAUCCUCAGAAUACAUCGUAUAUUGAGAAAUACAUUGAGGAUAUCAGAGAUGAGUUUAAACCGUUGAUUCUUGAUGAGACUCCAGUCAAGAUUAGGGAGCUGCCUGAAAAGGAAGGUCUCUUGUUCAAGCAUAUAAACUACACAAUCACUCACAACUUGGCGUUGGGACCAGGCGCACUGGGCCUUUUGGGAGGACAUAAGAAGGUAGUCAGGAGGUACUCUGACUUUGCAUGGUUGUUGGAGUACUUGUUACAAAAGUACCCGUUUAGGGUGAUUCCGGGUCUACCACCAAAAAAGUUCACGGAUUCGCAAUUUUUACAACGUCGUCGUCGUGGCUUGCACAGGUUCUUGAACCAAUUGGUUAAACAUCCAGUUUUCAGACAGGAACCCAUAGUCCAAUCGUUCCUCACCGUGCCCUCUGACUUGGCCACUUGGAAAAAACAAGCCAAGAUUGACUACUCGAUUGAAUUCAAGGGUCAGAAAAUCCAAACUGAAUUCAUCAAUAUUAUAUGGCCAGCCAUAAGUGAGGAGUUUUUACGUAAUUGGGCUCUUGCCGAACAAAAUAUUCGUGGGUUGAUUGAGAAAUGGACCAAAUUGGUUAUUCUUGUUGAACGACAUGAAAAGAGACAACAACAAAUGAGUUAUGAUAAUCAAAAAUUUGUUGAGAUUUUAAACCAGUUUAGGAAAUUGGAUACUACGGUGUACCCACAAGACGACAACUCUUCUUCAUCAGCAACUGCCAUGUUGCAGAAUAAUGAUGUUGAGGCGAUAAAUGCCGGAUUGACUUCGAUUGGAGAGUAUUAUACCAAGUCGUCACAAGUUAUAGUCGACGACAGUUAUACCAUCAACACGACGAUAUUGGAAAAGUUGAAAAACUAUAUGGACUAUUUGUACUCACUUCUUGAGUUGUUUGAAAGAAGCAAGAACUUAUCAGGGAACCAAAUUGAUACAUUGAACAAACGCAUCAAGGAGAAUGAAUUGAAUUUCAAAAAAGUGACAGCGGGGCCAACAAAUGGUAAAGAAGUUGAGAUUAACAAGUUGCGACAAUCAAUCAUAAAUGAUAAACAAGAGAUUUUCCAGCAAUUGAAUCGAGAUUGGUUGAUCAAGCAGUGUUGUUUCAAAGAGUAUGUUAUGUUUCAAGAGACCCAGUACUUGGUAAGUGAAGUGUGGGUCGAGUGGUGCAGAGGCAGACACAAGUUUCAGGAGAAAUUGACUGGGUUGUCGGAAAAUUUGAGUGCAGAGUUGAUAAAUGAUAUGCCAUUGAGUAGAUGA